AUGGCAGCCGAAGCUCUCUCGAGCAUGCCGCUCACUUCGCUCCCCCGGCUCUCUCAGGGGAAAGUCCGUGAUCUCUUCGCUCUUCCCGAGGCUGGUAAACCAACCUUGCUCUUCGUCACUUCAGACCGCAUCAGCGCCUAUGACGUCAUCUUGAAGAACGGGAUCCCGUCCAAGGGUGCGAUCCUGACUCUCAUCUCGGCGAAAUGGUUCGAAGUGUUGUCGUCUCGCGUUCCCGGUCUGAAGCACCACUUUCUCCACCUCGGACCUCCCGCUGGGUCGGGUCUGAGCCAGGAGGAAGAGCAGUUGCUUCGUGGCCGUUCCAUGACUGUCCGCCGGCUCAAGAUCUUCCCUAUUGAGGCGAUCGUCCGCGGAUACGUCACCGGCAGCGCCUGGGCCGAAUACGAAAAAACCCAGACGAUCCACGGCCUCCCACAACCCGCCGGUCUGAAACGCUGCGAGCGUCUGCCAAAGCCGAUCUACACGCCAUCUACCAAAGCUGAGCUCGGAGACAGGGACAUCAACAUCUCGCCUAACGAGGCUAGGGGCAUCGUCGGCGACAAGUAUGCUUCGCGGAUUGAGGAGUUGGCGUUAGCGUGUUACAACGCUGGGGCGGCGUAUGCCGAGGAGCGGGGAAUUAUUAUCGCGGAUACCAAGUUUGAGUUUGGCCUUGACGAGGAGACGGAUGAGAUUUACCUCGUGGAUGAGGUGUUGACCCCUGACUCUUCCCGCUUCUGGAGCAAGGCGGAUUAUCAAGUUGGCCGCGAGCAGGACUCCUUUGACAAACAGGGCCUCCGUAACUGGUUGACCGACAACGGCUUGAAAGGCAAACCUGACGUGGAGAUGCCACCCGAGGUGGUCGAGAAGACCAGGGCCCGUUACGCCGAGGUGUUUAAGCUGAUGGUGGGCGAGAGCUUUGAGGAGGCGUUCAAGAAAGUCGCGAACUAA